UUAAAUUAUCAAUGGGCACAGAACAAAGCUCAGAGAUCUAUGAAACUGUUUGUAACAAAUCCAUGAAUGAAACAGCAACAUGGCUUAUCACCUUGGAGCGAGAAGGACCACACGGAUAUUAGAAACCCUGUUCCCACUGAACCCAAAUCCCGUAAAAUCAAUACCACCACCACUGUUCACGCGGCGAUUCCUCCAUUCGCAGCCGGAGCAUGCCGCCGGAGCCGGAGCGUUCGUCCAGAACCUGCUCAAGUUCCGAAGGGACAAACCCACAGACCAGGUGGAGCGAGCUCUUGACCUCUGCGGGUUCGACCUCAACGACGAUCUCGUCCUCGACGUGCUUCGACGACACCGUUCCGAUUGGAAACCCGCCCUCGUCUUCUUCAACUGGGCCUCCAAAGCAGAUAGCUACGCACCCACUUCCCGCGUUUGCAACGAGAUUCUCGACAUCCUCGGCAAGAUGAGCCGCUUCGAGGAACUGCACCAAGUGUUCGAUGAAAUGUCGCACAGAGAGGGACUAGUCAAUGAAGACACAUUUUCCACUUUGCUUCGCAGGUUUGCGGCUGCUCACAAGGUGGAGGAAGCAAUCAGCAUGUUCUACACAAGGGAACAGUUUGGCUUGGACCUUGACUUGGAUGCUUUCCGCACCCUCUUAAUGUGGCUGUGCAGGUACAAGCAUGUAGAAGAUGCAGAAACAUUGUUUCACAGCAAGGCGCGCGAGUUUCAGCUCCACCGUGAUAUCAAGACUUGGAACGUGAUUCUCAAUGGUUGGUGUGUUUUGGGGAACGCUCAUGAGGCGAAGAGGGUUUGGAAGGAUAUCAUGGCAUCCAAAUGCAGACCUGAUCUUUUCACCUACGCAACGUUCAUAAAGGCAUUGACCAAGAAAGGGAAACUGGGCACCGCUCUUAAGCUGUUUCGCGGGAUGUGGAAUGAGGGUUGCAAUUGCAAACCCGAUGUUGUGAUAUGCAACUGCAUUAUUGAUGCUCUUUGUUUCAAGAAGAGGGUUCCCGAGGCCUUGGAGGUUUUUCAGGACAUGAAGGAGCGAGGUUGUGAACCCAAUGUGGCUACUUACAAUUCGUUAAUCAAGCACCUCUGCAAGAUACGGCGAAUGGAGAAGGUCUAUGAAUUGGUGGAGGACAUGGAAAGGAAGAAGGGGAGUUGCAUGCCUAAUGCUGUUACUUACAGUUGCCUGCUCAAUUCCUUGAAGGGACCAGAGGAAGUUCCUGGGGUUUUGGAGAGGAUGGAGAGGAACGGGUGCAGCCUGAGUGAUGAUAUUUACAAUUUGGUAUUAAGGUUGUAUAUGAAAUGGGAUAAUCAGGACGGUUUAAGAAAAACAUGGGAUGAAAUGGAAAGGAAUGGUUGUGGACCAGAUCGACGAUCAUACACGAUCAUGAUUCACGGGCACUAUGAAAAUGGAAAGAUGAAGGAUGCUAUGCGUUAUUUCAGGGAGAUGACAUCCAAGGGAAUGGUGGCAGAGCCUAGGACUGAGAAACUAGUUAUUUCCAUGAACAGCCCAUUGAAGGAGAGAACGGAAAAACAAGAAGGAAAAGAGGAGGAAACUAAUUUUUGAGGUCUUGGAAUCAUAGCCCCAUUGGAAUUGUUUGACAAUGUUUACAUCAAAUUGGCGCCUGAGUUUUGUAGACUAGAAAGAAGGGCUAAAGUUGAAGAUUAGCAGAUUCAGAAUGAGAAACAAUAAUAGAAGUCUCAUUUCAAAUUGUAACUUCCAAUAUGUAUAUUUUUGUGAUAAUUUAAGUCAAUGAGGAAGAAAGAAAUAAAAAAUUAUAUA